ACUGACGUCACUGCUAUGUUUACAGUAGCCUUGUGUUCAUAUACUGCUUAAUUUAAGCUAGCUAUUUUCCGUAUCUCAGUUAUGUAGGGAGUCUGUUGUAAUUAGCAGGAUGUUAAAGUACCUUGUGGCGCUUCUGUCAGUGAGUUUGGCGUUGUGGAGCGGCUCUGAGUGGAUAAGCCUGUGGCUGUUUGACCUGGCUCGUGCGUCUCAGGGCUCGAGCAGACUGCUGAGUCAGGGAGAGCUGGCACUUUAUACCGGAAGGGGGGACAGUAAAGGGCUUUACCUCGCCAUUUUAGGACAGGUGUUUGAUGUAGAGGAAGGAAGGAAGCAUUACGGUUCUGAUGGAGGUUAUCGGUUCUUUACAGGCAGAGAUGCAUCCAGGGCUUUUGUGACGGGCGAUUUUACAGAGGCGGGGUUGACCGAUGAUGUCUCGGACCUGUCUCCAUCAGAAAUAGUGGCGCUCUAUGACUGGCUGGCUUUCUAUCAGAAGGACUACAAACCUGUAGGAAAGUUAAUUGGUCGGUUCUACAGCGAGGGUGGAAAACCCACAGACGUCCUGCGGUGGGUCGAGGCCUCUUUGGCUCAGGGGCUGAAACUGAAAGCCCAGGCUGAGAAGGAGAACGAGCUUUAUCCAGCUUGUAACUCAGAAUGGAGCGCUGACCGAGGAGGACGUGUUUGGUGCUCCAAUAAAAGCGGCGGAGUGCACAGAAACUGGGCUGGCGUCCCCAGAAAGCUCUUUUCACCUGGUUCAAGCAAAACGCGUUGCGUGUGUGUACAACUGAAUGAUCCUAUACGAUUAAACAACCCCAAUCUCCAGCAGUACAAAGACUGUCUACCUCAGGCGGAGUCAUGUGUCCUUAGCCAAGACUGAGUGUUGUGAGAUUUUAUAACUUUUUAUAUGUCAUUAAAUGCGUUUUAUAUAUAUAUAUAUAUAUAUAUUUAAAAAAAUGUGUGUGCGAGGGGCAGCGCGGUGGUGUAGUGGUUAGCACUGUUGCCUUGCACCUCCAGGGUCCGGGUUCUAUUCCCGUUCGUUUCCUCCGGGUACUCCAAUUUCCUCCCACAGUCCAAAGAUAUGCAGGUUAGGCUAAUUAGCAUUCCCAAAUACCCAUAGUGUGUGAAUGGGUGAGUGUGUGUGUGUGCCCUGUGAUAGAUUGGCACCCUGUUUAGGGUGUACCUUGCCUCGUGCCCUAAGCCUCCUUGGAUAGGCUCCGAGGUCCCCGUAUUCAGAAUAAAAGCAGUACGAGAGUGUGUGCGAGGUUGGGUUAGAAAGUAUCACCACGUUAUGUGCUCGUUCAGCCUACCUCCUGUACAUCCACAGCUGAAUUUAUUAUCACAAUGCUUAAAAUAAUAAUCAAGAAUAAGUCAAGACCUCCAGUUAAUAUUUACAUCAAAUGUAAAACGAAAAAAAAAUCAAUCGUCAUUUAAGCUAUGGGUGUUGUGGCCCAAAUGCCUGUUGGGGCUGCAUUCAGAGAUGUAUUUCUGCUCACUAUAAACGUAAAGUGUGGUUCUACGAGUUACUUUAACCAAUAUGACCUGACUUCCCAGAUUUUUUAAAACAUUAAUUGCACCCUAAUCUGUCAAUCAACAACCACCUGAUUGCUGUUACUGGAAAGUAAUCAACAACAGAGUUGAGUUAUGCUGCAUCAACUAGAGGUUAUAACUUUAACCUGGAACAACAUAAGGAAACUCAGAUUCCUUAUGUUUCCAACUUUUCAACUUCUUUCCCUUUGACAGUUACAAAGCACUGACACUGGAGAGUCCCUUCCAUUAACAGUAAAUAAACAUCUUAGAAAAAAACUUAUCAAUCGUCCAUUUUUAUUUCAUAAACAAUAACAUUUUUAAUUCAUUUAUUUUUAGUCUAAAAGUAUGUAGACUGUCUGCCAUGCAAGACCCUGUAAAUUAGCCGUUACUAUGGAAAUUAUAGCAUUAGUAUAAACCAGCUGGCGUUGCUCCCUGCGACAGCAAUGCCAUAUAAAUGUAGUGUAACAGUUUCCUGUGGUUAUAUGGGACUUAUUUUUCCAGAUUCAACCUUUAAACAUCGUGCAUUCUUACUGUAAGAAGCUGCAAAUUGUAUGGGGAUUUUAAUACAUGAUAAAAGCAAUUUUUGUUAAUUUAGUUCCGUUUAAAUUACAGCUGAUAUUUUAAUCAUGGAUUGUUUUAAUUAUGCAAUCAGACUAUCGUGUAAAAGCGACUCAUUCGUUCCAUUUGUAAACGAUUGAGAAAAGUCACUACAACUUGCUUUAAUUGAUUCGUUUUUAAUCGCCUGAUGACCUUAAUGUAAAGUUGUCCUCCCUUUCUUGAAAAGGAUACUAGAGGAAGUGACAGGCUAGAUAUCUGAGCAUACAGAUACAACAGAGUGUGCAUAAGAGAUCGGACAGAGGCAAAGAGCACAACCUGCGCGUAAGUACAAAACAGUUGUAGUGGUCAAAAAUAGUAUACAAUUAGCUGUACAAUUUAACAUUACCUAGAAUGGACUGCGGACUCUCCAACCUUGACCGUCACAUUCUCCUUUUGUACGAUUAGGAACAAAAAAUAUAUAUAUAUAUCCAGUAUGAUAAAGUGCGGCUCUUUAGCUUUUCAGAAAGUUUAAAAACACUUGAUGUAUCAGGCAAAUCAAAAAAAAAAAAAAAAAUUUAACAAAAAAAGCAUGAUUCACAGAAAUUCAGUAAUAUAAUAGAGAUCAACUGGAAUGUACGCUAUGGUGAUAGGAAUGAUUAGGACAGUGCUAAAAAGAUUAAUGUGCAUAGUAGGCAAUUCGUCAUAUUUCUGCACCUAAAACCACAAGCUUACUUGGUAAAUGUAAAGGAUUUUUGUUUGUUUGUUGUUGU